UCUGAUCAUAAACAUUGAUUCAUUUGUACUUUCCAAAAACUCGCAUACUUUCGCCAGGUAUUUCCUAGCCUUCUUUAUCUUAGUUAAAGCCCUUUGUGAUUGGCGGAAAUGUCUUUUGCACAAGCUUUGUUCAUCUUCUUCUUCAGUGGAGCACUGGGUGGAAUCCUCGUAAUUCUCUUCAAUGUUAAACAAGUUGGUUGCUUCACACAUUUCUCUUCCGAACUUCACCAUGUAAUUGCUCAUUUUUCUUUGCUCUUCAAGACUUAGUUCUGUAUUUUUGAAGUGGUCUGAUAUUUCUUUUGCCAGAUCAUUUUCGAAAUGUUCUAAGUCAGAAUUGUUAAAGUUCAUAUUUGAUGUGUU